AAUGAAAGGCAUAUUAGGUUAUCCAUUGCACACUGUAUAUAGCUUAGAUGCAGCAAAACUCUUCCACAUAGCAGUCGUGUCUAGCAAACUCUAGCAUGAUCCAGAGAGGUGGCUUCCAGUUGAGUUACUGUUUAAGUUCAUAGCUUCAGGGAAAAUCAGCAGUGAAACGCUUUCUGCUUUUGACCAAGAGUAGAGGUUUUCCAAAAAACUUAAGGGUUGUGCUUCUAAUUCCAAAGGCUUCAGAAAAGCCCCCAGGACAGAAAAUCCAGCCAAGGACAUUUUUUCAUCGCUUUUAGAGAGAACGGUGACGAAUGAGAAACACCAAACGGUUGCCUCUUGGAGGCUCUCCGACUGGUGAUAGAACCUGCAACCUAGUUUCGCCAGAAACUUUCCGUUUAACCUCAGCAAAAUACACGUCGUUUUGCUAUCUGCCCUCGCCACCCAGUCCUGUCAGGUCACAUUACCGAACUGCAGCCCCGGUACGUGCCGGCGUCCCUGGCCGGGACUUUCGAUAAUCUGAAGACGAUCUUGGAAGCCGUAUUUCAGCUGUCCAAAGACAACUUCAUACCUAUAUAAUGUAACAGAAAAGGUCAGAAAACAUUAGGCAAAUACAGUGUCAAGCGUAUUAAGGCAAGAUGAACGUCUCUGGAAGCAGUUGUGGAAGCCCUAGUUUCGCAGAUAUAUCUAGUGACUUUAAGGAUCUUUGGACAAAACUAAAAGAGUACCAUGAUAAAGAAGUACAAGGUUUACAAAUGAAAGUAAUCAAACUGAAAAAGGAACGUAUUUUAGAUGCACAGAGACUUGAAGAAUUCUACACCAGAAAUCAACAGCUAAGAGAGCAACAGAAAGUUCUUCACGAAACCAUUAAAGUUUUAGAAGAUCGAUUACGAGCAGGAUUAUGUGAUCGCUGUGCGGUAACUGAAGAACAUAUGCGGAAAAAACAGCAAGAAUUUGAAAAUAUCCGGCAACAGAAUCUUAAACUUAUCACAGAACUUAUGAAUGAAAAGAACACUCUACAGGAAGAAAAUAAAAAGCUUUCUGAACAGCUGCAGCAGAAAAUUGAAAAUGAUCAACAGCAUCAAGCAGCUGAACUUGAAUCUGAAGAAAAUGUUAUUCCAGAUUCACCAAUAACAGCCUUUUCAUUUUCUGGCAUUAAUCGGCUACGAAGAAAGGAGAACCUCCAUGUCCGCUACAAAGAACAAACACAUACUAAACCAGAGCAGUCUGGGUGUACAAAUGAAUUGAGAAAAGUUCCAAAAUCUUCAACUCAUCCACAGCAUAAGCCUAAUGAAAAUGAGAUUCUGGUGGCUGACACUUGUGAUCAGAAUCCAUCUCCAGUAGCGAAAAUAUGUGGAACAAGCAGUUACUCCACUGAUAAGUUGCCUUUUAAUUUAGCUGUGAUUGUUGCUGAGACACUUGGACUUAGUGUUCCAGAAGAAUCUGAAUCUCAAGGUCCCGAGAGCCCUCUUGGUGAUGAGCUCUACCACUGUUUAGAAGGAGAUCAUAAGAAACAAACUUUAGAGGAGUCUACAAGGAAAACUGAAGAUAGUUUAAGAUUUUCAGAUCCCAAUUCAAAGACGACUCCUCAAGAAGAACCAACUACUCGGAUAUCAUCUCCUGUAUUUGGAGCUACCUCUAAUGUGAAAAGUAGUUUUGGUUUGAAUACAAGUUUGUCCCCUUCUCUUUUAGAGACCGGGAAAAAAAAUCAUCUGAAAACAACACAUUUCAGCAGCACCUCUAAUUCUAGGUCAGAGAAAAUUAGGUCAAAAUCUGAAGAUAGUUCCCUUUUCCCACAUCAUAAUCUUGGGUCAGAAGUGAACAAGAUCAUUAACCAGUCUUCUAAUAAACAAAUGCUUAUAAAUAAAAAUAUAAGUGAAUCCAUAAUUGCACAGGUUAGUAUUGAUCACAUCAAAAAUACUAUUACUGAUAAAGAUAAACAUGGGGUACCACUGAAAUCAUUGGGGUGCAAAACAUCCAAAAGGAAGAAGAUUGAAGAAGAUAGUGAAGAUGAAGUAAGCUGUCCCCAAGCCUCUUUUGAUAAAGAAAAUGCUUUUCCUUUUCCGAUGGAUAGUCAUUUUUCUGUGAAUGGAGACUAUGUGAUGGAUAAACCUCUGGAUCUGUCUGAUCGCUUUUCAGCUGUUCAGUGUCAAGAGAAAAGCCAAGGAAGUGAGACCUCUAAAACCAGAUUUAGGCAAGUGACUCUGUGCGGGGCUUUGAAGCCCACGUCAAAGAUCUCUUCCUCAAGCAAAAAGGCCUUGAGUGGGAGCUGUGUGCAAACCAAAGAUUCCCCAGAGGAGCCCUGUUUACAGGAGUGCGUCCUCCAGCCCCUGAGUAAAUCCUCCCCAGAUAACAAAAUACCAUUACAAAUAAAGGAGGAAAAGCCUACCUUUAAAAUCCCUCUACAUCCACGUGAAGCGUUGGAGACAGAGAAUCUUUUUGAUAUGAAGGGUGCUGGUUCUCAUGAGCCACUAAAAAUAAAAACCAGAUCAGCUCAUGGAGCCUGUGAACUUGCAUCAGUUCUUCAGUUAAAUCCAUGUAGAAUCACUAAAACAAAGCCUCUACCAAACAACCAAGAUGUACCCUUUGAAAAUAUCCAGUGGAGUAUAGAUCCAGGAGCAGACCUUUCUCAGUGUAAAAUGGAUAUUACUGUAAUAGAUACAAAGGAUAGCAGUCAGUCAAGAUUAGCAGGAGAAGAGACAGUGGACAUGGACUCUACCUUGGUUACUGAAACUGUGCUUUUAAAAAUGAAGAAGCAAGAGCAGAAGGGAGAGAAAAGUCCAAACAGAGAAAGAAAAAUGAAUGAUAGCUUGGAAGAUAUGUUUGAUCGGACGACACAUGAAGAAUAUGAGUCCUGUUUGGCAGAUAGCUACCCCCAAGUAGCAGAGGAAGAGGACUUGUCAGCUGCCACAAAGAAACCAAACACUCAUGGUGAUAAGCAAGAUAAAGUCAUACAGAAAGCAUUUGUGGAGCCAUAUUUUAAAAAUAAUGGAAGAGAGACUGGCUUACAAAAUUUUCCUCACGUUGAGGUAGUUCGGAAAAAAGAAGAGAGAAGAAAGUUGCUUGGACACACGUGUAAGGAAUGUGAGAUUUAUUAUGCAGACAUUCCAGCAGAAGAAAGAGAAAAGAAGUUGGCUUCCUGUUCAAGACACCGAUUCCGCUACAUUCCACCCAACACACCGGAGAACUUCUGGGAAGUUGGUUUUCCUUCCACUCAGACUUGUGUGGAAAGAGGUUACAUUAAGGAAGAUCUUGAUCCUUGUCCUCGACCAAAACGGCGGCAGCCUUACAAUGCAAUCUUUUCUCCAAAAGGCAAGGAGCAGAAGACCUAGAUGUUGAAGCAAAAACCUGAUAGAGAACAAUUUCUUCUUUUUGGUUAUUUAUAGCUAAUGGUGAUAUUAAACACUGAUUUUUUAAUUUUCUGUAAAAUGAUUUAUAAGUCAUUUUUCUGUUCAGUACAUUUUUAAACCCCAUUUACCCACCACACAACUGUAUGGAUAAGUUUUUUUUGUAUGUUUUUGUACUUUUGCACCUUUCAACAAUGAGGUACUUUCAUUUCGCACUCUUAAGAGUUGUUUGCUAUUACCAAUUACAGUUCUGAAAAUA